AUGAGUUCAGAUUCAUUUGAAAAGCUUAUGUAAUUGAUAUAGGAAUAAAACAGUGCUUGUAAAUAACAUUAUGAUCAAAAUAACAGAUAAAUAAUUGAUUUGAUAGGAAACUUAGAUAAUAAUAUGAAGAACUUAAAAAAGUAAAUAGAGUAACCAACAAUUCAACAUCAUCAUACUUUAUCAAAAGUAGAAGAGGUGGAGAAUGAAGAUCAGGAAUAGUCACAAUUUUAAGUGUUGUAGGAGGACAAGGAAGAAUUGGAGCAGCAAAUGAAUUAAUAAUAGGAAUAAGAUUAAAUUGUUAUUUAAGAUCAAAUAAAUGAAGAAUAAUGA